AUGGAAGAUAUAUCAAACGUGAACAUUGUUCCUUGUGAGAAAUCCAGAUUUUUAAAGCCAUUGCGAAUGUUGUUUAAACAGAAUGGUAGAGACAAGGUAUGGGAUGCUCUUCAGGUACACGAUAGUGUUGUAAUCCUUAUCUUCAACAAGACCAGAAAUGUAUUUGUAUUUGUUAAACAAUUCCGUCCAGCUGUAUAUUUGAGUUGCUCCAAAGUGACAGAAGAAAAUGGCUGUAGACAAAUUAAGACUACUGAGAAUCCUCCAAACAUGGGUGUGACCUAUGAACUGUGUGCUGGAAUAGUGGAUAAGGACAUUAGCAACCAGAGGAUAGCACAGGCAGAGGUGAUGGAGGAGUGUGGCUACCAGGUUCCUUUAGAAAGCAUAGAACCAGUAACUUCAUAUAGGAGUGGAGUAGGCACAACAGGGGCACUACAGAAUCUUUACUUUGCUGAAGUUACCGACCAGAUGAGGGUAGGAGCUGGAGGGGGCGUGGCAGAGGAGGGGGAACUGAUAGAGGUGGUGGAGAUACCACUUUGUGAUGGGAAGUCCUUCAUCACUGACAUGAGCUAUAACAAACCUGUUGCCAUGAUGUAUGCUCUUAUGUGGUUCUUUGACGUAAAAGCCAAACAUUAUUUGAAUGGAAAUAACCUUUGACCUUCCAUAGAACAUAUUGCAGUUAAUAUAGUAUUAAUGUAUUUGGAUUAUUUAGUAAGGAGUUGAGGAUUUUGUUUCUUAAUAAUUUUUCAUGCAUUAGGUUUUUGGAACCAAUACAUAAGAUCUGACUAAAAGUCAAGCAGCAGGCGUGAUAGUACAUGUUGGAUGGACUUAAUACAGGUAGAUAAAUACAGUAACAUAGGUAACCUGUCAUUCAAUGACAAGUGGCAAUACAGCUGAGUUGGAUAAUUAAUUUGUCUUGUUUAAAGGUCACUGGUUUGCCUGUUGGUUCCAAUGUUGUAUACCCUGUCUGUGAUUGCCACAGUUCAUUCUACACCAUCUGUAUCCAAAGGAUAAAACAUUUGUACAAAUUCAUCUCAUUUGUUUGCAGCAAAAAUGACAAUAUUUUGUAAUCGGUUCAAUAGUUUUGGUUUGUUUUUGUAUAUGAAAAACAGCAAGAAAAUACCAACAUGUCAGCACAAUCAUAAUCCAGGUUCAAAUUCAAUACAACAAAGGCAAAAUAUUAACAAAAGAAAGAUUUACAUGGAGACUCCUGAAAAUGUACAUGGAGAAUAAGACCAGGGGUUUCAGGAAGAUUAAGCAUCGUCUUCUUCAUCAACAACACCCACCAUGUAAAUUUUGGUCAAUCCAAGUACAUUAUGUCAUGUUCUUAAAUGAGAACAAGGUACACAACAAUGGAACCAACAAGCAAACUAAUGAGCAUCAAACACGUCCAGCUUCAUAUCACACACAGAAAUAGAAUAUUUCUCAAGGAAUCACUAUGACCUCUGUCAACCUACAAAGACACCAAUAAUAUAUAUGAAUAUGAAAUUAAACAACAUUGAUGGAUGUCACUUACUUGCAGUCAUGAUUAUAUCAACAUCAUUAACUUUGUAAUUUUUCUGUAAUUCUGACAAAAAGAUUGAAAUGUAAACCUUAAACAUACUUGUCAUUGUAAUCAUCAUUCUAACAGUAGUGAAUUUCAUGAUAAUUUGUGCUGAUCUCCAUUAAUUAUGUAUUUUUUAAUAAGCUUAGUGUGUUUUUCUUCAUUUUAGCAUUUGUAACAUAAAAAUGCAAGACCU